UAACGCAUAGUUAUUCUUAUUCAGUUAUUCCAUCAACCACCCGCUUUUCCCACCGUACUCUUUUCUACUCUCUCAUGGCUGGUAGUAGCGGUGGUGGUUUGAAGCUGUUGGUAGGGUCGGCCAUCAGGCAAGGAGUCAUGGAAGCCCGGGCCCGGAUCUUCGGUCACCAGCUGAACCCAAUGGGCCAGAAAUCGGCCCACAAGAUCCUCCGUCAGAAGCUCUUCGGUGAGAAGGUAGCGCAAUGGUACCCUUACGACAUAAAAAAGGAUGACCCUCUCGUCAUGGCUCGUCAAGAGCAGGAGCGCUUAUCGAAACUUGAAAUGUUGAAGCGGCGCGGCAAAGGACCACCCAAGAAGGGCCAAGGCAGGCGUGCUGCCAAACGCAACAAAUAAACUGCACUUUACUUAUUAGUGAUUACCGUUUCAGUGUUUUGAGUUAAGAGACAACUACUUUUUUGUGUCUAAACUUUAGAUUUGAUUUCUUAAAAUUAUAGAACUUAUCUUUUUGUACUCAAUGUAAAUCGUUAGAAAGUGGAAGCCAUUAAGCCUAAUAAUUUGGUUUAUUGCAUAUUUGUUCUUUUUGUGCUAAUUAACUAUCCACAUUUUGAUUCAGCUUAUCUAUCUUGGAUGUUGGAACC